AUGCCUCUGAACAUCGAAUGUCCAGAGCCUCAACGGCUCCUCAAACGCUUUCUUGACGAGAGCGAUUCUGAGUGUCCGCAACCGACCAAGCGCCAGCAGCUUUCACCCACUCCUCCGGCAGCUGACCACAAAGACCCUCAACCAAGCAGCCUCAAAGCUCCCCCUCCGACACCGACAGAGCCUUCGCCGCUUUCGACGCCUUCGAAGAAACCCGGAUCCAAGGACGUCGACCCUGCCCCCGCUUCUGCUCCAAGACGGGGCCGCGUUGACGAUUGGAUUGCCAAAGGCCCUCUCCCUCGCCCAAGCAGUGCUCCUCCACGACUGUCUUGCAUUGAUCCACCUGUGAUCCCUGAUCCUCUCGUGAUCCCUUAUCCACCUGUGGUCCCUUAUCCAGGCGAAGAACAGCGGCCGUUACUAGAAGUGCUUAAAGAGAUGUCGCAGUCACAAAGUUGUGGACGAGGAUCGGCCACACCUGGUCGAAAUUCACGGUCGGCCACGCCCCACCCCGAUUAUCGCUCAAUUCUCCGCAAUAAUGGUGUAUUCAUUGAUCAAACGGGAGCAAAGAUACCGCAGGAGCUCCGCAGCCUCCUUGAUUCAGCCAUUCUCAACGAGCGGUCCUCGUCCUUGUCGCCUGAAGCGAUUGCCGAAGCAGUGAGUACUGCCGUGGAAGUCGCAGACAGCCCAGAAGGCAACAUAUACGACCUCACUGGGACGGCCAUGCUCCCUAUCAAACGCUCUGAUGUCGGGCGCGGAGGCAACACGCUCUGGUACACCGAUGGUUUGCCUAGGAAACAGGCUUAUGACACUCCUCUGGCAAAGCCUAAGCCUGACGUUCACUGUGGUUACCUGACUGGCCAGAGGUCUGAUUGGACGAUCGAGGAGAACGCAGUCAUCGACCAUCAACGAGCAACACGGAUCACACAGCCAGCCAAAGGCAAUAGCUUUCCAUUUUUCAUUUUUGAGAUGAAGUCGGAGGCCAUGGGCGGCACGAUCUGGCAAGCGGAAAACCAGGCAGCGGGCAGCGGCGCUUGUUGCGUCAGUGCCAUGCGCUGGCUCUACCGAGAGGCUUAUGCCGCCGAGGACCAGCCAAUCGUCGACUCCAUUGCUUUUUCUGCUUGUGUCACCCACCGAGAGGUCGCCUUUCACGUUCACCACUACUCCCAGGCCGAGGCCCGGUACUACAUGUCUUCGAUUGGGACCUUUCAGACGGUGCGAGAAGUCCAAGCGUGCAACAAUCUGGUCCGAAACAUCUUCGAGCACGGCCUGGAAACUCGUCAGAAGAAGACCCGAGAGGCACUCAAGCAGCUCUACCCUUUCCCACAGCAUUGGAAGAAGACUCGACCUGCUGCCGUGUUGGAUUCGCAAGCUGCCGACGCGAACGAUGAUCAAGAGCGCUCCAGCAAGAGGCAGCGGGCGGGGUAG